UUUUUUUUCUUUUCACAGAAACCUAAGAAAGCUCUCCAGUAUGGUUACCUGUUUGUUGCUCCAGGCAUUGACUUUGACAAUCCAAUGUCAAGAACAAGGAAGUGGCAAAGGCGGUGUUUCAUCCUAUAUGAGAAUGGAGAACUUUGCUAUGCAAUGGACUAUGAUCCGAACACAAUACCACAGGGUAUGGUGAACAUGUAUCAAUGUACUAAAGUAUUUAGUGCUGAUAAACUAACUGGUCAUCCUUUCUCUAUUGGUAUUGAUACACCUGAUGAAACAACAUAUAUCAGGGCAGAGACCAGGGAGGAUAAAGACAAUUGGUAUGUGACACUCAUUGAGUAUCCUGAAAUCAACAAGGAAGCAGAGAGGCAGAAGAAAAAGAAGAGAGGUGUCUUCCCCAUGCUUGAAAAGGAUUUGGAUAAACCCCAGAGGAUAGAGGAUGAACCUGCAGAGGCCAAACCUGAUGUACCAUUGUCCAGUGAUGAUCCAUUAUCAGAGAUUGAAAGCUUAGAACGAGAAGAUGAACUUGGUACAGAUGUCAUUUUAACCACUGCCAGAGACACUACUGACAUCUAUACUGCUUCAAGCAAAGCUGCCAGAAAGGAGAAGUCCAACCUCAGGAGAUCACACAGCGCCCUCGAGCAUCGGCCAGAGAAGUAUGAAAAACAGACAGUAAGGAGAACACCCUCUGCGCAGACGACCACUGCAGAAGCAUCGUCUUCAGCAAUAAGGAAGGAUAGGGAGCAAAGGUUGAAUCGGCGUCAUACAACUAUGGGAAGGUCAGAGGUCAAGGAAGUGCUUGGAAAUGAUGAACAGGAGGUGACAGGAAAAGGUGAUGCGUCAAGGAGACCGGUAUCAGACGGUUCCAGCCAUAAGUAUUCAACUAGUUCAGGGAUGCGUAGUAGACAUUCAGAAUCUGCCCUGUCAGAGUUAGAAGCAGAACUUGGGGGUCAGGCUGACUCUGUUCACAAAUCCCAUCGAGAUUCACUUCCAGCUCAAACCAGUAGCACAGAACCUUCAUUACAUAGAAACAAUAAUAAUGUUUACAAGGAUGUUUCACCCAGGUUGUCUCCUACGCAACAAGCAACAACAUCGUCCUCCCGUAAAUCCAGUAUCAGCGAAAGGAGUGUUUCACCAUCAGACUCUCAAUCUACCACCGACUCUCAAUCAAAGAAACCUCAACCGUCCAAAGCAGACACAAAUACCCAGAACCUGUUGUCGCAGGAAGAGUUACAACGCUUGGACGUUCCAAAGAGAGGGCGUUUGAAAAUGAACAAAGCAUUAAUUGAAGGAGAGACGCAAUCUCCAAGCAAGAGAACAAUAGAGAGAAGACGCCAUGCACAGGAGAGACGGAAUAGGCAUACUCUUGAUGGUAGCUCUGUGCCGUUCCCGAUCUCAGAAAGAAAAAGUCAACAAGAGGGUACACCUAGGUUAAAACGAAGUAGCUCAGAUCCAAACCUUGCAGACAAUGAAGAGGUGAAACGCAAGGAGAUUGCAGAAACAUUUCCGGGUUUAUUGCAUCUCAAGAAUGGCUGGCUAAUGAAAAGAGAUUCAGACCUAGAGGAAUGGAACAAAUACUGGUUUGUACUUCGGGACAACAAACUCAGCCACUUCAAAGAUUCAAGUGAUGAAAAUCCAAGCAAUCUAGCAGGAGCUGUAGACCUGGCUCAGUGUAAGGAAGCAUCUGAAACAUCAGCAAGCAGGAACUAUGGAUUCCAGAUCAUGAUGGAAGAUGAAUCCGUUCAUCACCUUGGGGCAAUGACCAGCAAGAUCCGUACCAACUGGAUUCAAGCUAUUAACAAGGCUAUUGCGACCGCCCAAAAAGAAGCAAGUCCUAACGUCCCUGAGAAAGAAGCUGUCAACCUUGUUGAAAUUGAUGCAGCUCCUAUCAAACAAGAAGAGACAACUCCUGUCCUGUCAGAGAAACCUCCACCCAUUCCUCAGACGACUCCUGCACCUGAUGUCAUACCUACCCCUCUCCCUAAACAGGACAGUAUUGAAACCUCAAGGUCUAACCUGACAAUAGACCUUACCUCUAGGCAUCGGAAGAGCAGUUUGGACAGUAGAAUAAGUGAUACUGCUAGUCCAACAGAGAAAGAACCACCUGCCUUCCCAGAACGGCCAGGAUCCUUCAGGUAUAAAGAGAGGCGGUCAAGAAGAUCAUCAAGAGGAGAAGAUUUCAAGCUGCAGAAGAGUUCAUCUAGGUCUUCCAUGAAUGGUCGGUCAUCAUCGACAUCUAGUGAAGUAUUUGAGACACCUCCAAAUACCCCAACUCCUAUUGAGCUUAGGAUAGAGGAGCCUGUGAGAAGGACAUCAGUAACAUCAACAAGAAGUGAACAAGGCAUCAGGGCAGAGUCUCCUAUACAGAUUCACAAAAUUGAGGCGGACAGUGUGAAAUCUCAGUUCGAACAACAAAAUGAGAGUGUAGCAUUUGAGAAUAAUGAGCAGAGGAAGAAUGCUGAAGGUUAUCACAGACUGCACUCAAUGGAAGGUGAUGAUGAACAGAAGGCUCUUGUCUCUCAGCUUGAGACAGUGGUGAAGAAACUGAGUCAGGUGGAACUACAGAACCAAACCCUUCACAUGGAAGUCAAGCAGGCACGCAAUGCCAGUGAGCUGGUCAAACAUGAGAAGGAAGAAUUGCAUGACCAGCUGGAGACUGCGACUGGAGCUCUGGAUAAGAGAUCUAAGGAAUGCAAGACCAUCCAGGCCCGUUUUGAGAAACUUGUCUCAGACUAUCAGGAGAGUGAGAAGGAAUUGAGCAAGGCCAGAUCCUCUCUGAAGGCAGAAAGGGACAAAGCCGUGACAAUGAUAGAGAGACUCAACCAACAGAUUGAGAUUGUAGAAGGGGAGAAGAAGGACUACAGGGAAAGGGCAAAGAAGUGGGAAAGUGAACUCUCCACACAGAACAAAACUAUGAUGCAUCUAGAAAAGAAUCAGGAAGAAUCUCAGAAAAUAAUCAAUAAGCUCUUAGCCAAACUGGAAGGCUACAAGCAGAGGAUAGAAUCCAAAGGAGUGGAAGAUACUGCAGCCAAUAAAGAACAUAUAGCAAAGCUUGAGAAACAUCAGCAAGAACUGCAGGCUGUGAACAUACAGCUCCAGACCAGACUUCAGGAGAUGGAACAAGAGCUGGAAGCAAGGUCUGCAGAAAACACUCAAAGGUUUGAUUCUGAAAGUGAAUUUGAAACAGAACUUGCAGACAUGAGGAUGGAGCUUUCUGAUCGUGAUGAGCAAAUUGAACAACUCAGUGAACAGCUGGAGGCUGAAUUCUCAGAAAAAUCUGAGCUUCAGAAGAAAUAUGAUGGCCUGCUUGCAGAGUCUGCACAGUUUGUCCUUGAGGGGCAGGGUGAUAAAGUACCAACAGGGUCUGCAGGUGACAUGGACUUGGACAACAGACUGAAAGAAGCAUCAGCGAAAUUGGAAAGCCUCAAGAUGCAGCUCUCUAAUGAGUCUUCUUUAAGAAAGCAGACAGAAGACAAGUUAAAUGUUGAAGCAUCUGUAAGGAGGGAGCUGGAGGAUCAUAUGAAGGAAAUGGAAGAGAAGCUCAGGAAUGCCAAUGAAGAAAUGCACCACACAUCUCAAAUCCAGGAUGACACAAAGAACUUGAUGGAAUUGCUGCAAGGGAAGAACAAAGAAGUGGAGAAACUUCAGACAGAGAUGAAGAGAAUGGAUGCAGACAGGAUAUCAUUGAUGGAGCAGACUGGUAAACACCAAGCAACUGUGGAUGCACUCAAACAACAACUGAAAGAAUCUGAAGAAGCAAAGACAACCUUGGAAGGAGACUUUGAUUGUGUGCUACAUAGUAAAGUAGACUUGGAAGAGUCUUCUAAACAACUAACAGCAGAAUUGGCCACUGUCAAAUCAGAGGUAGAAUUGCUGAGGCAGGCUUCGCAGAAUGCGAGCAGUGCUGAAGCAGAAGAGACAGCCAAAAAGGAGGCGACAAGGAAAGAAAUUCAGCUGCUUCAGGCUCAAGUGGAGAAAGUUCAAAGCAUGUACACUGAAGAUAUGUUUAAAAAAGAGCAACUUCUAGCUGAAAAGCAUGAAUUCUAUUCAGAACUUGAGAGAAAAUUUGCGAAUCUCCAGUCCCAGUUGACCCAGAAGGAAGAGGCACUUGCCAAAAGUGAUCGGGAGUCUGGUGAGAAGGUGCUGGAGAUGACACAACAAGUGGAACAAUUGGGACAGAAGGUUGAAAGGGGUGACAGGGAGCUUAAGCGGUUGAGACAAGAGCUCAAGUCAUCCCAAGAUAACUAUGACGCUUUGGAAUUAAAGCAUAUGCAGAGUGUUGAAGAAGCUAAGCAGCAGCAGAAGAGCCAGCAAGAACAGCUUGAACUGAUGGGUAGGCGUAUCCAAGACCUGACUAGCAAGCUGGGCUUAGCAGAACGCAAGCUUGCAGGGGCAACUUCUGCUGCUUCUAAGACAGCUGAUACUUCUGAGAGCUCUGACUGUCCAUCCAGUGAUGGUACAGAUGGAGGCUUAAAGAUUAAGGUGUUGGAGUCACGUCUGGCAGAGAUGGAGAAGAAGCUUAAGCAGGUGACCCAUCGGUUGGUGGAUGUAACUACCAGGGAGCUUGAAAAGCGCAAAGCUUACCAGGCCAAAUGCAUAACAGAGAAUAGGCUCAAAGAUCAGGUGCGUGGGCUGCAAAGAGAAGUGCUUGCCCUGAGACAACAGACAGAGAAGGAAGAACAGAAUGAAGAGCUUCUCCAGGCCCAGCAGAGAAACCACGCCCAGAUAGUAGAGGAGAUUGAGAGAAAGCAUAGAAAAGAGAUGGAGGAUAGAGAAACAGAGAGGAAACUAGAAAAGGAGAAAGAAGAUGAGUCUGUCACCACAGCGAUAUCAGUAUUAAAGGCAGCAUAUGAAGCUGAGCUAGAAAAGGAGAAGCGUUUAUCACAAGAAUCUUAUCCUAAAGAUGUUGAGACCAUCAUGAAAAGGCAUAGAGAGGUAGUGACACAGAUGAACAGAGACUGGGUCAUCCUAUCUACAAAGUUCUCUGAACAAUGUAAGGAGAAUACCAUGUUAAGUAAAGCUCUGCGUGCCAUGCAACGCUCACAGAAGGAAGCCCAUGAGAAGCUACAGAAAGCCCAGGUAGAUAAUAGAAGGAAAGUCUCAUCACUUGGAGAGCAACUUGAAAGAAUAGAGAUGGAGGAUGAUGAUGAUGAUGAGGAUGAUGAAGGGCAAGAUGCUGAAAAAGAGAGGAAAUUGAAGGUGCUAGAGAUGAAUCUGAGAUUACGAGAGCUGGAGCUAGAGUUUGCCCUAGAAGAGAUAGAUACUUUGAAAGAAGGAGGAAGAGAUAGACAGAAGACAAUGGGGGAGAAGGAAGACAUAUCAGGAGCUGGAGAGAAACCUCGCCGGAGCUCUGUCACAACUCCACCAGAGUCUGAUGGUGCCACGCGACCAAAAAACCGAAGAAGUCUUUCAGAUUUAACACAUAUGUUCCACAAAUCAAAAAAAGGAGAAAAGAAGUAACCAAACUGAAGGGAGGAUCUACCAUUAUUAAUUCCUAGCUCUUAGACGAAUGGGUCAACAUGCUGAAUUUAGAACAGACUUUGUUACUAGUAUUUAUUAAUCUCUUGCUCUAACUCCAGCAUCAACCUAUCUUAGUAUGGAUGGUGUUCAACACUUCCAAUCCCAGUCUUCACAAAGGAACAGUUGGUUACCUGUGCUAUACACGUCUGGUUGGUUAUCCAUCUUAAUUUGCCCCCUUCUUGAAUAGCGCCCUCACCAGACUUGAUAAAUCAAAUGCUCAAUGUGGUUUCCUCUCAUCGUGUCUUGGAUGUCAUCUGUGCAUCCUUUAAGUCUGGCUCUGAGGCACCUGUGCUACAAGUCUAGAAUCAUGCCACUCUUGUUCAGCAGUGGUCUUUGGAGGGUAACCUGGGUGCACCCCAUCUUCCAUCCUCUGAAAUAUUCUGAGGAUUCAUCUCCAAGUAAAGACCUAAUCUGUGUAUGGUCUAAACUGCCUUUCAAUAAGAGAGAAGAUUCCUAUACCUAAUCCAUUUUCUUUAUCUAGUAACUCUCAAUCAACCAACACUUUCAAAACUCCCGACUGCCUUAAGAACUGUACCCUUGUAGAGGUUACAGUAUUCUGUUAUUUAGUCACCCAACUUAUAGACCUUAUGCAACAUGAUAUUGCUUUCUCCGUUAGAGGAUAUAGGAAUGUAAGCUUCAGAUCACCAAUACAUUCAAGACAAUGAGUUGAACCUAAAAGAUGGCUGUGUAAUGACGUUAAUACAUGAGGUUUAUUUUUACUGAAAUGCUCUUUAAUGUGUCUGCCAUGAUAUAUUCAUUCAAACCUUUAUCUUGACCAUAGCUUCUAUCAUCAAUUAUUUAUGUAGUAUUUCAGUCAGCAGUAUUCAUUUAUAGAAGCUGGUAUAUUCAUCAUUUCUUGUUCUCUUAAUUAAGCCAAAGUUAUAUCAAAAUCAUAUGUAACAAAUAUGAUUUUAUAUUGUCUUGUUACCACUCCCAAGUGGAAGGAUGGGGGGCAUUCAGAUAUAUUGGUGCGCACACUCGUAUUCAUAGUUCUUGAUACUCUUAACAUUUUUGUUCCUAACUUUAUUCCCUGAACAAGAUAAAUCUAACCUAUAUAAACCAAAAUUUAGGAUCACCCAUUUUUUUACUCACACAUAGUCACCAGUUUACCUGGGGUGGGAAUAAAAAAGGCACAGAAUUCUUGUAUUUUCUAUUGAUUUGUAUCAGUCUGCCCUGGCAUGUACAACUUGGGCUGAAUAUCCUUGAAAAUAUCCAGACAUAUUCACAUGUUUAUACUGAUUGUGUAUUUCAUGAUUCACAUCAAUAAAUAUCUGUUUUGAUGUGCAUAUGUGUAUACCAAAAUAUUUAAAUCCCCCUCCUCCCUCUGGAGGUACUACUUCACUGCUCUUGUAAUGAAUUCACUUUAGUUGGCCAGUCCUUUUGUAGUGACUAGAUUCAUAUCUUCUCUGUUAGAUUUUUUUUACGUAUAUAUCCACAAUCGAUAUUAUUUUUCUAUCAAUUAUCAGGAUUGAAGACAAUUACUAUGUCAAUUUAAACUUUUCUAACUCUCCAAACUUCCUUGUUUUCCCUUUAAUUCAUAUUUGUUAAAUCUCAUCACACUUUCGUAUAAAGGAAGAUGAUAGUUUUGUCAUUUCUGAUAUAAUUCAUUUUAUGUAGAUUUUGUUACAAUAUUUUUUAGUAACCUUGUAAACUUAUUUGCUGUAUAUAUUUUGUUAAUAAAUCCUCCACAUUUUAAUAUAUUUUUUUUGUUGUACAAUAUAUUUAAAGAUUUUUUGACAAUAAAUAUACCGAUAAACUAGAAUAAAACAUUGCUUGCUUACGCUUUCUACUUCAAGGACCAAUAUGUCAUCUUUGUGGUUUAGUUUCUUAUGGAACCAUGGCUAGUUAUGCAUUGUAUAUGAACAUUGAAUGUGUACCAUUUGUAUUAACAUCCUUUUAGCAGAAAUAUCUGCAUAACAAAUCUGUUUAACGAUGGUAAAGUGUGCUCUUAUCUUGUUGACUUGAAGACGAGUGUACAUAUUAAUAAUAUCACUGUUUAACCAGUGUAAUAGAUUCCCCCAAUACCUCAAUCUCACUGUGUCUUGCCCAUUAAUACACAACAUAUUCCUCAAUAAACGAAUCGAUUUCCAGGCAGAGAACUCGCCUUAAUGAUAUCAAAUAAAUGCCCGAGCAGCUCUUACUAAUCAUAUUUAUUUAUUGCAUGUAUUUGUAGAGUGUCUUUGCAGACCAUUGAUUCUUGUAAAGAGCUUCAUGUAUGUAUACAACCAUGCUGCAUGGUUUUGUGAAGUGUAGAAUAUGAAUUUUGCGUGCAUUACAUUGUAUUUUGAAAAGAGAGUAUGUUUUUGCAACCCACCAAACUUAUCUUACUGUACGAAUGAUGUAAUUCAGUUUUAACUUCUUUUUUAAAAAGUUGCAUAUUUUUUAUUUUUUAAUAUGUUGUACUUUUACUUUAUAAACUUUGUGGCAUAUUCAAAGGUAUUUUACUUAUUUCAGAAUUACAUUUGCUGAUGUCAAUCUACUGUUGUAUUUUUAUGUUGAUUUUAGUGCUAAGAACAAAAGAAAUCAAUAUAGAUAUUUUCCUCUUUUUUUAACAUAGUUUCUUCAUCAAGGAAUAAUUAUUAUCUAGACAAAACAAUGUAACAGCUAAGAUAAGCAUGUUGUUUUUGUGACCAAACAAGUUAUGAGAUAUAUUCCAAAAUGUUAUUCCAUUUUUUGACACUUUUGAAGAUCUAGGUGUAGAUUAAUCAGUUAAUAUUUUCUUCAAAAAAGAUUUUUAUAUCAUUUUAUUCAACCAAAUAUUUUUUUUUUGCUUUGAAGAAAAAAAAUUCCCAUGAUGUAGGGAUUUCAUAUCAUUCUUUGUUGAAUAUCGUCCUACUUUCUUUUAUUUCAUGUUGUGCUAAUUUUUAUAUGUUAACAUAGAGAUUUUUAUUGUCUGUGAUGGAUAAGAGUUUGAUAGAACAGUCACCUUAUUAGGUGUGAAAUGGAUGAAUGUAUUAUUAGUUAGACCUUUAUUAAUAAAGCAAAUAAUGUACAUCUUUUCUUCCAGAUAAAGUAUACUAGCUGUAUAAGUUUUGUAUGUUUUUCCAUUUGUAUACAUUACUAUUAAUUAUACAUUAUUUCGAGUCAUCAUUCAUUGCUUUUCAUUAAAAAUGACAGACUUUCUGUUUUAACGAAUCUGUUACUUCACACAUUCAGUUCUGAUACAUAAUUUCUAAAUGUUAGUAUAAUCAAGCCAUGGGUCCAAACUGCAUCAGAUUACUUUGGAAGAAAUAUCAAUUUUAGCAUAUUCUAAUCACCUUUUCUAUCCUUGUGGGGUGGUAUUAGUCAUCUGAUGUUCCUUAUCAAAUACAUUAUAAAUUAAUUUAUUUAAAUUUGAAUGUAAUCUUCCCAACUGUAUAAUAAAAUGCUACUUCCAGAUUUGUAAUUUGUUGUUUUCUAAGCGCUUUUGAGUAUAUUUUCUUGCAAAAUGUUUUCUACUCUGUGCUUUCAAAGUGUAAACAAUUCAAUUUAAAGCAAUCUAUGUAAAUACGUAAAACAUAAUAGCGUUAACAUUUUGAGAGGAGAGGGUUUUAGAAAAUUGAACGAUAAGAGAGACAGAGAGAGAGAGCAUGAAAGAGAUGAUAUAAUAUUAAUUUGAGUGGGUAUAGACUUGUUAUGUUAUUUAUAGUGAAUGUGAAUUUAAAGUCCAACCUACCUGAUGAUAGAGUGAUGGAUGUGUGUACAUAUUUAAUAUCUUCCCUUUCCUAUAGCCCGAUUCCCUUUUGUUGUAUAUCUCAUCUAUUUAUUUGUAGUGGGAAUAUGUAGUCGACCCUCCUCAUUUACAGAUUUUAUUUUAUAAGCAAGAUCAGUAUUUUACUCUGUUUUAUUCAUGCAGACUAUGUCUUUUGUGAUGACCUUUUAGCUAUGAUUAUGUCAUUUUUUAGGUCACUUAUAUGUCAACAGCAGAGAUGAGAAAGAGAAGAAUUUAUUGAAUGUUAUUUGUAUCUUGAAGGUACGAGUGUUGAUACAGCCAUUCAUGUUUGUAUUUUCUCUAGACAAAGAUCAAAUGACGAGUUUCUGACAUUAUAUGUAAUAAAUAACAUGUAUUCUUUAUGAUAGUAUUAAUAAAUCUACAUCAAUAUUA